CGUGCCCCCCACAUCAGCAGGUGGACUCUCAACCACUGCACCACCAGAGAAGCCCUUGAGCUUGUUUCUGUAUGACUUUUACUAUCUGUAUAUUUUUUUUGGUGGGAUGUCUGUUCAGAUCAUGCUGUUCAUGUUCAUGCUGAGAGGAGCCCUGUCUCCUCAGGACCUGCUGGGGCUUUGGUUUCUGGAACACGUUGGGCUGAGUCCACGCUGAUGUCCAGGCUUCGGGACAAGCCGGGGUCGAGUCCACACUAACAGGAGCCGGGUCUCCUCAGGACCCGCUGGGCCUUCAGCUUUGGGACACUGUGGGGUCCAGUUCAUGCUGACAGGAGCCUGGUCUCCUCAUGACCUGCUGGGAGGUGAUGCCACUGAGGGAGAAGUUUCCCCAACAGACUGCAUUGCCAAACUCGUGGAUUUUUGAUAAUCUGAUAAGUGAAAUUGUGAACCUUGACAAUAAAACUCUGGAACUGGUCUUUUGAGAGGAGUAGGACUGCAACUACUCUUUCAGUUUUUUCAUCGUAAUUGGUCUAUUCAGAUGUUUCUUCCACUUAGACCAAUCAUUUAUGACAUUAGCGGAGAACAGGACUAUGUCAAGAAUUCUGGGGGUAUACUUGGUGAAAAUGAAUUAAGACCACCCUCCCAGCUACAUUCCCUGUUAGAGGAGACCGAGACAAGGUUCAUAUCAGAGAAGAUUUUUGAGACAGUGUCCUUGAGUUCAGACUCUGUCUUCCGGAGGGCAGUUUCAAUUCUCCAUACUUCUUACUUGGACUCUGCAUCUGAGCAUGGUUUUCAGUACAGUCAAGUGACUUUGGUGAUAAAUGACAUUUUCUUAAAUGAGUACAAAACUUUUUACCAAGAAAAAAAAGCAAGUGACUAUACUCACGAAGAACUUCAAGAAACUUACGGGUUUCUUCUGUUUGAAACUGAAAAUCAGGCAAAGUUGGUAUGUCAGCGUGGACUCUGUGUUGGCAGCAGUGCUAUCASCACUCUGGGUGACCCAGGGARAGGUAYGUCUGUAAGGAAAAGGAAUCUCUUUUACAAGGUGAAGUGGGGUUUAGUUAGUUACAUAAGAUACCUAUGUGAACUCAAAGAAGAUGUUCUCAUCUAUCCAUGGAAAGGGAAAUUAAUUAUUCAAGGCUGUCUGAUGUGUGAUAUAACUCUUUGGUCCUCUUACGGUACAUUGGUUCCAAAACAACUACCACAUGAACUAGACUUUAAGUAUGUAAUGAAAGUGUCGUCUUUGAAAAACAGACUACCAGAAGCUGCUUUUAGAAAACAGAAUUACGUGGAGCACAAAGAGGGCUGAAAGACUUGAAAGUUGAAGAUGACAUCUCAUUGAAGGUGGUACCUAUUUUACCUGCCCUUAAUUGUGCCCUGCUGGAAGCAAAGAAAUCAUUCCCUGAAAAAGGAAUCUGUCCAAACACAUUAGUAAAGCAUAAUCUCCAAGAACUGUACAAGGUGGACAAAAGUCCUUCAUUGACUGCUGCUUCUCAGGAUGGAAUUAAAGAGACUGCAUUCUUUGGCAAAGUGUCCAGUGGUUUUGACUUGACUCCUCCAGCUGAAAAGUGCCCUUUACAGUCUUUAACUCAGUUGAGAUCUUAUUUUUCAAAUCCUAAUGGGUACAUUUUGGAAGUAUCUACUGCACUAGACUUAUUGGCAGAGUGUCCUCAGUCUCCUUGUAUUUCAGAUGGAAUUUGUGAUGCUGGAUUUUCUUUAGUUAUGACUCCAGAUGCUGAAUUUCACAACUCAGAGGCAGAAGUAAGAAAAGAAACAGAAACACAAAAGAAUUCUGAAGAGAUGUUUAAAGCAAGGCAGGGAGCUCUGGUCCCAUUAAGUCCAGCAUCAAAUCUGAGAGUUCAGCAUAAGAGAAAAGCAGGCACGCUGCCCGUGGUACGGAGUAAAAGGGUGAAGUUGUGCCGUCCCUUUCCCAGAAGAACUCCUGCUGGAGCAAACAAGCGUCCAGACUCUCGCACAACUCUCAAGUUUCGUCAGAAAAGAGAAAACGGUAAGCAUGGUCUGUAUGGAUUUUCAGAUGAGCAAUUAGUAAUAACUGUUGUCUCGGAAGAAAUAAUUGAGCCUGAAGAGGUGCCUGAUGUGAACUCUGCUGAUCACAUGUCAAUGAAACCACGAGAAAGUGAGAGAAAAGGUGAUAACUUACAGACAGUGGCUUUCACACUUUCGAAAGAAACCUGUGCCCUUGAGGUUGCAGAGGAAGUUCAUGUUGGUUCAGACUUCUCCUUCAGUUCUUUAAUUGAAGAAGUGUCACCAGCUUCUAGCCCUGACUGCCAGGUACCAGGUGAAGAAGCACAGCCAGCUUGGGCUGUAUCUCCAAGUAGUUUUAAACUCUGUGAUGCACACUGUGAGAAAACUGACAGAUCCUCCCAGGUUGAAACAGUAGAUUUGGCCAUAACAGAAAAAGAAAAUUCUUUUGUUGGUCCCACCCAUCCAGUGGGACAAGAUAACUUAACUCAGAUACAGCAAAUGCAGCUUUCUGCUGAAAUGCCUCUAAUACUAAAAAAUCACCCAGGAAGAAAAGAUAGAUUUUUAACCCUUCCUGGUGAAGUCACUGAGGAAAUUGUCCCAAGUGAGUGUGGUGAGGGUUACUCUUUCUCAGAAAAGGUGCCACACCAUGAUGCAGAGUUAAACCAGCCUGCCUCAGCUGCCACAUGCAGAGAUUCUCUAGAAAACCUGGUAACAUCAAGAAAUCCACUGCAACCAAUGAGCGUAGAGAACAGAAAUCCCCACCUAAGUCAUCUUGUCGUGGAGACCAGUGAGCCUCCGUUUAGCCCUCAGAAGAUCCUUGAAAAUAAGUCUUUUGCUGACACGUUUGUUUCUACAACCACACCAAGUGGUGUGAAUGUGUCAUUAAAACAGCAGACCAGCUCUAAGAGCCUUAAGGAAAAUGACUCGAGCAUUGAUUUGCAAACAAACGAACUCUGUUACAUCCUGGUUAAGUCCUUGCGCCUUGACCCAGUUGCCGGAGCUGAGGCUGUGCAGGCCCGCGGGUACCUGGAGCUCCCCAAGCCCACCCUCUUCUCGGGAGAGGCCACCCUAACCCACAGGGCAGGACCCAGCGAUGCAGGGAUGGAGUUUGAAACACAGGAAAUGAUCAUCAGAAUGGCCAGUCUGCUCAAGAAUAAUGAAACUGGAGCUGAGUUAUGUGAAACAGCUAUAGAUCUAGGAGGUGUCGGCUCUCAGCUGCACAUCACCUCUUCAGAAGGCAGACACAAACCGGCCCACAUGCUGCAAGAUGGGUCACCGUGUGCAGCAAGAACUCUGCUGAAUGGUGGGCUUUUCCCCGUCUAUUUACAUGCUGAUUCUUACCAGAAGACAGCAGCAACAGGUGAAACUAUCGAUACAGAGCCUUCUUCCUUUGUUCCGAAAUCUUGUGCCCCUCUUGUUUGUGGGGUCUUUGAAGAGCAGGUGGAAGAUAAGAGUGCUGAUGAGGGGCAGAGGGCUGAGUGGGGCUCUGUGACCCGAGGUGGAGGCCUGGAUAUCAGUGUGAACUCUGACAUCCAUUAUGAACCACCUUCUGGAGACUCGGAUCAAGACUCUUUUGGUGAGUGUGGAAACCCCAGAUUAGAUACGGAAGAGUCCUGUACUUUGCGAUAUAGUCACACCGAGAAGAAACAACGUACUUCCAAAGAUGGUUUUGACUCUUUCCUGAACCUAAACAAUAGUGAUUAUGAUGACUGGGGCUACUCGAGCCAGGUUCCAGGGCUGGAGACGGGCAUUCCUCCCAGAAGCUGGCCCGUGGGAUUAAAGAAGGAAGAUAAGUGUGUGCCCUCUUAUGUCCAAAUCCGAGAUCUCCGUGGGAUCCCCAGGACCUAUGCUAACUUCACUGUCACUAAAGAGCUGAGAGACACCACGAGAACCCUGCAUAGCCUGUGCAGGCACCCCGGCGUCACGGCCAAGGGCGGCUUGCUCAGCUCCUGGACAGACACUUGGCAGGUGGCAGACGACCUCACCCAGAACACUUUAGAUCUGGAGUAUCUGCGUUUUGCACAUAAACUAAAACAAAUUGUGAAGACGGGAGUUGCUCCGUGUUCCGCCCCUUCCACCGCCGUCUUUCCUAAGGAGCCCCCUCUCCAGGGCGCCAUGGGGGCUUUCCCUGCGACAAAAGUGCCCGAGUCCCCAGGGCUGCCUCCUUCCUCCCAUAGCAGGAGUCCCCUCAUGGUGACAGUAGUGCACUCAGGCCCCAGACACCAGGGUCAGCAGGCGAGAAGGCAGACACCCAGCUGUGUGGGCCGUUCCUCCUCCUCCUGGAAGGAGAGGUGUGGCCACGAUAGAAAUCAUCUCCCAAACUCUGAACGAAAUUCAACUGUUUCAUACCACCUCAACAAGUUGAAAUAUAACAGUACAUUGAAAGAGUCCCGGAAUGACAUUUCCCUUAUUCUCAACGAAUACGCCGAAUUCAACAAGGUGAUGAACAGCCACCCGGUCAUCUUCCAGGAGAAAGAGCCACAUGCUGCUUCUGGAGAAGCCGAACCCCGAGAGCUGUGUCCCUCCAUCCCUCGGCCAGCCUCCUACGAUGACAUGGUUGCAGACCUGUGCACCAGUCUGCACGUCAAACUGGAGAGGGUUGUGAAGGAGGCUUGUACCAGGACCUACCUCUUCCACCUCGCGGAGACAGAGGACAAGUCAUUCUUUGUAAGAACAAAGCAUAUUCUAAGGAAAGGAGGCUACACAGAAAUUGAACCUCAGCAUUUCUGUCAAGCAUUUUACAGGGAGAAGGAUAUGCUCAUAGUCAUCAUCAGAAAUGAAGAUAUAUCAUCACAUUUGCAUCAGAUUCCUUCUCUGCUGAAGCUGAAGCACUUGCCCAGUGUCAUCUUUGCCGGAAUCGACAGCCCUGAAGACGUCCUCAGUUACACCUACCAAGAGCUGUUCCAGACAGGAGGCUUUGUGGUGUCAGAUGACAGAAUACUAGAAACUUUAACAUUAGUACAACUGAAGGAAAUUAUCAAAAUCCUGGAGAAACUAAAUGAAAAUGGAAGAUGGAAGUGGUUGCUUCACUACAGGGAAACUAAAAAGCUAAAAGAAGAUGUGAGAGUGGAUUCAAUUGCAUAUAAAAAGAACUUAAUAUUGAAAUCGUAUCAGAGUGCAAAUAUCUUUGAGCUGCUUCAUUAUCACCAGUGUGACUCCCGAUCAUCAACGAAAGCUGAGCACCUGAAAUGUCUGCUAAACCUGCAAAUUCAGCAUGUCCACGCGAGGUUUGCCGUCUUCCUUACAGAAAAGCCUGUUGUCUCCAGAGAUGUCUCUGAAAACAGUGGCAUCCUUGUUACAGAUGUAAAUGACUUUAUUGAAAAUGUACAGAAAGUAGCAGCUCCAUUCAGGAGUAGCUACUGGUGAGAACACUUGUGACUCUCUCCCACGUGAGCUGGAACUGACAGCAGAUGCUGACAUCUGUGUCUGCGGGAAACCAGUUGCUCAAAAACUUUUGUACCUUAUACGUCAUGCUGUAAAUUUAAAGUUUUGUUUAUUUAGGGGUGCUGCUAGUUUGGCAUAAAUGGGACUUUCUCAAGUAUCACUAAUGAAAUAACUAACCUCCACUCUAUGAGUGUUUUCACCUGCAGUCCAUCUGCUGCCAGGACGGAAGACAGUGUAGCCUACAUGCAUAGACAUUUUCCCCAGUAGGUAGCAUCCUAUUUAUGGAAUAGUUCUUGGUUAUUUUAUUUUAAAGACGGAAUUAUCAAUUUUGUAUUUGUCCAGGUGAUUUAACUACAGCUUACCUAGACAUCGGUGAUGCCAACAACAAGUGAGUAUUUUCCCUUUUCUUUGAAAACCUUUGAUUUAUAUGAGAAGACUGUUCUGUGUAUCUCAGUGUUCUACAACUUGGGGGAACAUUUUUCUUCGUGUUUUACACAUUGCCAGAAUGUCUGACUUUGUUGUCUGGCUUUGUUCACAGCAGCACUGUAGUUUUCCAUUAGUUUUGGGUUACAGUGUUCAAUAUUAUUGUUUUAAAUUAUUCUCAUUUUAAGCAGAAUAGCUUCAAAGCUAUUCAUUGAAAUUAAUGAUAAAAAUAAGAAUUUUACAAGUGUACUCAAUUGUAGCAAAAAUAAGUCUAUUUUAACCAGUAGCUUUGUUUUUGCACGUUAAGGUCAGAAAUGCACAUGUAAUGCAUGUUGUAGUCUGUUUUAAAGGUUUUACCACCUGUGUAAAAACUAACAUCUUCAAUGGUUUUAUCUGCUGUUAUUCAUGCUACACUACAUAAACAUUUUUUUCCUAAAUGGUACAAAUUUAUAAACUGUCAUUUUCACUUACUCAGUUUUUGUAAACAGCGUACUACAAAAAUCAACCCUCUGAGGAAGAAAUAAUCAUUUAUUUAUAUUAGAAAUAAUUUCUACACCAAUCUUUAAAACUCAAAACCAAGCAAAAACAUUGGUAAGAUACAUAGUAUCUAUUUGGAACAAAGGUUUUUGUACCUAAUUUGUUUCAUUUUAAUAAAGACAACUAAAAAUCGUU